AUGUCAUCUUCAUCUUCGGAAACAUUAAAUCAAGUGAACAAUGCAUUGGAUGCAAUGUAUGGAGGUACCAAUGUCCAAGCUGACAAAGUAAAGGCUACUCAAUUUUUGGAAUCCUUUCAGAAGUCACAAGAGGCAUGGGAAAUUGUUCAUAUUGUUUUGCACGGUGAAGACGCAAACGUUCAAUUGAAACUUUUUGCUGCUCAAACACUUAGAUCUAAAAUUACUUAUGAUUUACACCAAUUACCUGAAACCAACUAUCCACAACUAAAAGAGUCCAUAUUGGAAUUGUUAGUAAAGUAUUCCCAGACCAACCAACGGUUGAUCCGUACUCAAUUGGCCAUUGCAUUGUCUCAUUUAUCCUUACAAUAUUUAACUUGGUCAAAUGCAGUUAAUGAAAUAAUUGGCAAAUUAUCUGCACCAACUACGAUAGCUACUUUAUUAGAAGUAUUGAAGAUUUUACCAGAAGAAUUAUCCGAUGUUAAAAAGACUAACUUAACCGAUGACGAAUUCAACCAAAGAACCACCGAGUUAAUCACAAGCAAUGUUGAACCAGUCUUGUUAAUAUUAAAGAAUUUAUCCGAAUCAGGCGACAACUCGUUAAAUUCGGCAAUUCUUGACUGUUUAAACAAUUGGAUUAAAGAAUGUCCUGUGGAAAACAUCUUACAUGUUGAUUCCUUGACUUCGUUAAUCUUUAAAAGUUUAUCCAAUGACGAGACCUUUGAAAAAGCAAUUGAAUGUCUUGUCACCAUUAUACAUGAAACGAGGGAUAUUGAAAAUCAACAAUUGAUUGAUGCAUUAUACCAACAAAUCUUGCAGUUGGACAAGUAUUUGGAAACUAUGAAAGAUGACCCCGAAGCUAUCCCAGCAUUAACCAGAUUAUAUGUCGAGUGUGGUGAAGCAUGGCAUGUAUUGAUUGCAAAGAACCCAGCCCAUUUCAAACCAUUAUGUCAAAUCUUGUUACAAUGUUGUAAAUACAAGGAGGAUUUAGAUGUGGUCAAAUAUACCUUUUAUUUUUGGUAUUUAUUAAAACAACUACUCACAUUGCCAAAAUUUGAACAAUCAAAACAAGAAUUACGCGAAAUUUAUCAAGAAUUGAUUGUGAUUAUCAUUCUGCAUUUAUCUUAUCCUGUUGGACCUAAUGAUAGCGACUUA